AUGGAUCGAUUCCGAAAUACUGCGGGCGAAUAUGAGGACUCUGCCACCAUGGACGAUUUGAAGGCUGUUGGAUAUCAGGAAGUUACUGGAUUGCAGGAAACUCAGGCUCGGUCGCCCUUGACGAAAACGCGGUCCAUGUCCGAUGGAGGAGGAACCCCCUCUCGACUCUCUCCCUCACCACGCAUCGUCGAGGCAUCUCGACGGACCUCAAAAGACGACACUAGUAUUCCGACUCCCCAGCCAGUGACGCCCCGACGCCCAAACUUCUCCAAUCGUGGCUUUUCCAUACAAAUGCCCCCUCGAGAAUUUACUCCACCAGCCGCGAACUCAUACGUCAAACCCGCACCUUUAUCACCUAAAUUGGACCACUCCCAGAUAUACGCAUCUCCUACCAAUAUACUUCCUCGUCGCUCCCGUGGUCUCGACUUCUCUCGUGCCGCUACCAGUCUACAUCACUCGACUCUCGCCGAACAGUCCUCUCCCGACUCAUCGCCCACCGCUGGUGGCCGGGCAAUGAACAUACCGAGCCGAAGAAGUCAUUAUGCAGGCCCAGAACAAACGUCGACGUCUCUGUGGUCCGUCAUGGGCAAUCAGGAAAAGAUGCACAUCAGCAGCUCGCUUGGGAGUCAGGCGAUUGGCUCUGAUUCGUCAAGUACCUCUGAUGACGAUGAGCUGAUGGACGAGGAUAUGGACGAGACCUACGUAACAACUCCGCAGGUCCAUAAGAUUGGACCAAUUCUCGGUCCCCAAGGGUCUGGUGGGACCUUUGGAUCCCCUGCAAUGAGCAGCCUCAUGAGCUUCCAACAGCGACAAAGACCCCGCAAACAAGCCAAGAAGAAGAAUCGUGGGCCCUUGGGACUGGGAUUCAGUGGUGCAUCUCUAUCCAAGUCACCACCAACUAAUUCUUCUCGAGCUCGUCGCGAGAGCAUCAGUUGGCAGGCUAAUCAAUUGCACAUUUCUGGUGCAGAUUCCGAUGAGACACGAGCAAUGGGCGAUGUGGACGGGCUUGGAGAUGGGCAGCGCAAUGUCAUUCGGAGGCCCAAGACAAAAGGAUUUGCACGCAUUCGUGCUGCGCUCAUGGAAGAGAGCACCCCCGCUGAGUCUGAGUUUCGUCGAGAGGCAGAAGUUGUCAAACAAGUUCGUGAUUGCGACAUGGAGCUUGAACCCAGGAUCACACAACCGGCUUUGGAAUCAACUCAAUCAACAACAGCACCCUCUUCACCCAACUUGACACAGCAAGAAGGUCUGAACGACGUACCUGAGGACGAUAUCAUGGGCGACAUAUCCAUGGGUCUCUCUAGCAGUUUUAAGCAACAUGCUAUCAAGAACUCAAAGGGUAAGACGUUUUGGGACACCUUUUCUGAGUCAAGUAGCACUGGCGGCGCCAGAACCACACCGCCUCCUGCCGCAUUUCUUCCUCGAGGCUCAUCCUCAGGUAUCAGCGAAGACGUGGCGAUGGACUCACCGUCAGUUGGUGGAGCUACUAAUGGCAGUACUCAACCACCAACUGCUGCAGAAAUAACUCGAAGGAUUAACAGUAAACGUCGCCGGGACGAUGACUUUGAUCCUGUUAGCUUCAAACGUCGAGCUGUCAGCCCUGGGAUGAGCGUUCACAAUUCACCAGUCAUGCAGAGUCCACUCCAACGAGACGGUAUGUCGUGGGGUUCUCGUCCCGGUAGCAACGGCGGCGAUAAGGCCGGCAGCAGCGCACCAAGCGAAGCCGGUAGCACACCAGGAAACCUAUCCGGCAGUAGCUCUGCGGCAGGGCGACUUAACAGCAAAGGCCGAGUUGGUUUCCAAGGAAUGAUUGAUACUCAUGAUGGGAUCAUGCGUAUGAGUAUAGAGUAG